CAACAAGAAGGCCACUUUUGCACUUGUUUGCCAAACCCUAAAAUAUCUACCUGUUCUAAAGAAUGUAUUAGCUGCAGCAAAUGUACUAAGUGCGAAGUGGAAGAAGCAAACUACACUCAUAUAUGUGACUGCAUAUGAUGUUCUAUUUGGGCAGAAAAUUGGAAUGACAGGUGCGGCAGAAAAACUUCUUAUUCUUCAUAAAGAUGCCCUUGAAUCAGCUCUAUCAAAGCUUUGCACUCGAAAGGCAGUGAAGUGCAUUGAAGAAUUGCUUCUAGAUAAUCAAAAUCACGUUUUACCCAAACCUCGAUAUGUCCGUGUAAAUACACUGAAGAUUAAUACAGAGACUGCAAUCCAGGAAUUAGAGAGAAUAGCCAAGGUCAAAAUAGAUGACGUGGUUCCGGACAUGUUAGUGCUUCCAGGUGGAACUGAUUUACACAACCAUCGCUUGGUGUUGGAUGGAAGCAUAUUUCUGCAAGUUAGUUUCUUUUCUACUCUUUGGAUGAGAGAUAUUCAAGUAUUCUUGUAUGUUGCAUCUAUUUACAUUUUAAACAUAUCCUAUGCUUCUAAAAAUGUUUAUAUGCCCACUAACUACCUAGAAAUAGACUACGGAAAGUCUUACAUGUUUUUAACCACGCACCAAUGUAAGAAAGAGAGAGGGCGGGAAGCAUGAAGUAGCUACAAACCUCCAUCAGUACAAAUAAGAGUGGGAAGGAGGAACUAUCUACAAGUGUCCUCUAGCACAAAUAAGAGUGUUGGAAAGCAUCCACCUAUGUGUAUAAGAGGGAAAGGGAGGCAUGUGAGGGAGAAGACGGGGUGGUGAAUGGAGUUAGGAUGUUUUUGUAUGAUGAUUGCUUUCAUUGCAUGGCACUUAAUACCUUAAUGAAAGAGGGAGUGAGUGGCCAGGGUGGUGGAUGGUGUUAGGAGGAAGUUUUUUGUGACGAUUGCAUUUGUGCAUGGGAUUUAAGGACUUAAUGAGGGAGUGAGGUUCUAGGAAGCUGACAAUGUUUGUAGGAUUUCUUUGAUAUGGAAAUUGCUUUCACUACAUAUGCGCUAAGCACUUGAAUGUUUUAGCAUAUUUUUUUUAUUUAUCUAAUUUUAUGCUCACUCGACGCCCUAGCUAUCAUCCUCGAGCUCAGAUCAUCGUUGUGCUUGUGCAUGCUGUUAUGUCUCACCCCUAUAGCCUUAUCACAUUUGG